AUGGUUGUUGUAGGUGGAAUUUUGAAGCUCAAGAAUAAUGUCUUCAAAAAGCUCCAAAAAACCCUAUUAUUGGGAAGAAAGGAUAAUAAAUCAAGGUAUGAGGCAAAGGAUGUGAAAAAAGGACAUUUUGUUGUGAUUGCUAAGGAUGAAGAUGAAGCAAAGAGAUUUAUUGUGCCAUUGAGUUGUUUAACAAAUCCAAUAUUUGUGAGUCUAUUGGAAGAAGCAGCUGAAAAAUAUGGAUUUAAUGGAGAUGGUGCAAUUACAGUUCCUUGUCGACCUAAUGAAUUUCAGAUGAUAUUGGAGCAGCAAAUGCAUGAUGAAGCCAUAGAUGAUAUCAGAAAAAUUAAAAUUAUUACACUUGGUGCAGACAUGAACAACCGAGUACAGGCCCGUUUCAUGGGUUGUCCUUUUGUUGAAAGCUUGUCUCUCAAAUCUUGUGGUCCUUAA